GGGGAAAAUAGUUAGAUACGCUCGAGAGCGCCUGCGCGAAAAACCCGGAAGCAAAGCUGUAGAGCGACACAACAAUGCGACGCUAAAACGGACCCAAACAGUUUUGCAUGUCUACAUUUAAUAGCAGCCAUGGUGUGCUGCUCCUCCUGCUCCAGCCUGUGCUCCUGCUCGUCAGUCUACACGCUGGCCUUGGGCAUGAGUUUUGUCACCCUGGGCACCAGUCGCAUCCUGCUACUUAAAUUCUCUGCUAAUGCUGAGAACAAAUAUGACUUCCUCCCGGCAUCUGUCAACCUGCUGGCGGAGGCGCUGAAGCUGCUCUUCUGCUUAAUAAUGUCAGUCAGGGUGUUCAUCCAAGAGGGGCGCUCAUACAGAGAGCUUCGCUGUUCCUCUGCCUCGACCCUACUUAGAUCUCUGAAGUGGGCUGUCCCUGCUUUCCUCUACUUCCUUGACAACCUUAUCAUCUUCUAUGUCAUGACCUACCUGCAGCCUGCCAUGGCAGUCCUGUUCUCCAACUUUGUGAUCCUCACCACAGCUAUUCUCUUCAGGAUCGUUCUAAAGAGGCGUCUGUCCUGGGUGCAGUGGGCUGCGUUGGUCAUACUCUUCCUGUCCAUUGUCUCCUUGACAACAGGAUCGGGGUCCAGCCAGAAGUCCGUGUCCAUGCUGGGUGUCCACUCCAACCCCCUCUCCAUCCCAUCCAACUCCUGCCUGCUGUACACGCAGCUGCUGGAGCAGAUGAAGAACAGCAGCGCCAGUGGCUCGUGGGUCUCGACCCUGCCCGGCCAAGUGUGGAGGGACAGCCUGGUGGAAAAGCUGCGCUCCCUGGGCAUAGGCCAUAUUCUGCUCCUCCUGCAGUGUUUCAUAUCAGCCAUGGCCAACAUCUACAACGAGAAGAUCCUCAAAGAAGGAGACCAGCUUACCGAGAGCAUCUUCAUUCAGAACAGCAAACUGUAUGUCUUCGGUGUGAUGUUUAAUGGUUUGACCCUCGUCACUGGACAAGAGGCUCGAGGCCUCACCGUCCACUGUGGCCUCCUUCAUGGUCAUAACGUCUACUCUCUAGCUCUGGUGGUGGUAACUGCUGCCCUUGGUUUAUCCGUGGCCUUUAUCUUGAAGUUUCGAGACAACAUGUUCCACGUGCUGACGGGCCAGAUCACCACGGUUCUGGUCACCGGCCUCUCCCUCUUCCUCUUCAACUUCCGCCCCUCUCUGGACUUCUUCCUGCAGGCUCCCAUGGUCCUGCUGGCCAUCUUUAUCUACAACGCCAGCCGACCGCAGGACUUGGAGUACAGUCUUCAACAGGCAAAACUGCGGGUCAUCAACGGGGAGGUGUUAAAGAGGUCCAGAGGGGAUGGCGAGGAACUGGAACUGCUGACUAAGGCCAAUACAGAUAGCGAUUCAGAAGAGUCGUCUUUGUAGCCCACAGGAGUGUUCAAGGCACAUUGUGUGGAUUUUUUUUUUUUUUUUGUGGCUGACGCUGGAAAAGGUUGAGUUGCGUUGCUGCUGUGAUGAACUCGUGCCAGGUUUUUUUUUUUUUUCUGUGGUCCAAACUCAAUUCGGAAAGGAAGUAAGUCUGCUGCUGUAUUGUGUUCCAUGUGGAAUCAAGUAGGUAAUUCUUUUCAAAUACUUUGCAAUUGUGAAUGUUUUGAAUAAUAAGAAUAAGAGUGCAUUUUCGGGAUGAAGCUUAUUUGUGGAAGGUGACCAAUUAGUCUGGAAAUUAUACACAAACUUUUUACGCCUUAAUGCCGGUGCCACAUUCCACACACUUGACGACAGGUAUCACACGUAAGGGACUCUUUGCAAAGCACAACAAACUUGUCUCUUUGUGAUGUUUUUUUUGUCCUGUCGCAGUGCAAGUAUUUAUUUGAGUAUUUAUCCAUCGAAAAUGAGCUCUUUGUUUAUGUAUCAUGUGCUAACUGGCCAACUGUGCAAUAAACUGCAAGUAUUGUG